AUGAACAUGACUAGCAUUCCUUCAGCAAUAUCAGACACCAUUCUGAACAUGACACUCUUGGAUCUGGUGCCUCACUUCCAAAGUUUCAGCCCUGGGGACUUUGCCCUGUGGUUCCAGACUUACCUUUCCUUCUUCCUUCCUGGGAUUGGUCCAAACACCCUGUCGAUCAUCCCCAUGAACAUCAGCUGUGACUCCUACAGAGAGAUAGUGAAAGGACUUGAUAAUGUGUACAGUGACCUCUCUGCAACACAGUCCGACACUGUCUUCAAUUACACACAAGACUAUCUCAAGUACCAGUCCAGCCAAGGCCUGAGCUGCUACGGCAGAGGAAGCUUCUACGUGUUCCUGAAACAGAUGUUCCUCAAUUUUGGAUUCCCUGACCUGAAAGAUUUCCUGUCUCUGAUCCCAGCUGACCGACAGGCAGAGCUUUUGGGCUCCAUCUCUCCGGAAGAACUCAGCGAGUUUCUGAACAGGCCAAACACAGUCAUUGAUGGUUCUGAGCUCUGCACACUCCUCAACAACUACAAUAGAACCAAUCAAUACCUGGAGAUGGGGUCUGUUUUAUCCUCAGCUUUGGCCAGCCACACGUUGGGGUGUGUGUGGCCUCGUGCUCUCAAUGCCUCGUCUCAGGCUGAUGUAGAACAGUGGUUUAAUGUCACCGUGGUUCACUACCUGCCCUACCUCAGUUCUCAGCUCAUCAGCUCUGCCCAGCUCAGUGGCGCCUCCUGUCUGUCAUACAGGAAACUGUGAGUAUUUGUUUGAUGUACCAUUACACAGGGUUGUCAGCACAAACACUGCCCCCUGUCUCUUGGCUAAAAAAUUGAGGAUCUGUACUAAAAUCACUUCUAUAUGUAUAUAUGUAUGUAUGUAU